GUCAGUUCGUUGUUUUGCAUAUUUAUGCAUAAGACGUCUGAUCAUACUGUACUUCCAUCUUCCUUUAUGUCUUCCUCUCUGUUUUUGUCUGUAGAAUGUGAAAAAGAUGCGUUCUCGUGAGCAGAAGGAGAAGGGCGUCUAUGAGGUUCUGGACUGGGUGGAGAAAAAUAAACCACAGUACAUACAUCAGUUCUGGCGCUGUGUGUUUGAAGACCAUAUCCUGCAGCUCUACCCGACACUACGCACGCUCAGAAAAAGUCUGCUGGACGGCACUUUCAAAUUUGAUGAGAAACAUCCGGAUGUUGAGACACCAGCAGAGGAGGAAGAGAGUGAAGGAAAGGCAGAGAAAGGGAAGGAGAGGAAAUACAAAAGAAAGAGAAUUAAAGAUGACAGAAGUAGUGAGGAUAGUGAUGAUCUUGAUCCUUCCUCUGCUUCCACACCCAGUCGGAAGAAACCAGGCAAAAAACCCUCAUUCUCAUCUCUUGUGAAGAAAGGAGAAAAGCAGGAGAUUUGGAAGUGGCCUAUUUAUAAAACUCAUCUGCCUGUAACCUGUGGGGAUAAAGAAGGCACUCUCUAUCGGGACAAAAUGCCCAGAGUAGGGGAAAAGUGUAUUUUGUCUCAAGGACGCUGGUUCACCCCAAAUGAUUUUGAAAAGUUUGCGGGGAAGGAAAAGUACAAAAACUGGAAACUCAGCAUCCGCUGCAGAAACACACCACUUAAGAAACUCAUAGAGGAGGAGCAUCUUCAGUGUCCACCGAUGGAGAUAAGAAAGAGAACAUGUGUCCAAAAAAACAUGAAUGAGCUGGUUCCUGUCAGCUCAUCUGAGAGCUCCAGUGAAGAAAAUGAUGCUGAAGAUUUCCAGGAACAGGGAUGGAGAGGAGGAGGAACAGAGAUCAGAGGGAGAGUUGAGGAAGAGGAGGAAGAAGAAGACAUGGCAGAUCUGUCUGUUUUCCAGGCUCCUUCUUUACCAGUCACCUGUGUCUCACUUACUGGGACUUUAUACAAAUACAGGUUUGCAACAGGGAUACGAGGGAAGUGUAUACGUACUGAGGAAAGAUGGUUCACUCCGGAGGAAUUUGUAAAGCAGGAACUGACUAUCACUGAUGGACACUGGAAGAAAGAUAUACUGUGCCAUGGAAAAACGCUUAACUUUUUACUCAAGAAAGAAAUCCUGCUCAAACAUUUACUUCUGUUUGAAUGUCAGAAAUGCAGCAUUAAAAAGGAAGACCUGAUGGCACAGAACAAUGAUGACGAGUGUUACGUUUGUCACUCUGAGGGACAUCUUGUGUGUUGUGACGAGUGUCCACGAGCUUUUCAUUCACACUGUCACCUACCAGCUGUACACGGAGACUCACCUGGGGAAUGGAUUUGUACCUUUUGCGUGUUAAGAACCAGUCAACAAUGGCGUGACUCCAGUAACAUGUCUGAACAAGAGGCUUUCGAUGCCCCAGUGUCUCAAUAUAGAUUGCACUGCCACUACCUCCUGUUAUGUGUAUACAGAGAGGACAUCCAGAAGGUGUUUGUUGAGGAUCCACAGCAAACGGUGCCCAGAUACUCCGAGUUCAUAUCUCAGCCGAUGUGGCUGGACAGAAUAAAGCAGAAGUUGGAAAGUGGAGAGUAUCAGAUGGUAGGAGCAUUCGUCUCGGACUUCCAGCUCAUUUUCAGCAACCGCAGCACGUUCAAUAGGGACAAUGUGUUUGGCCAAAUGGGUGCCAGGCUGAAGAAAAUGUUUGAGGAAGAGUUCCAGAAAAUCUUCAGUAUCCAAUAACAACUCUCUUUUACAAGUUUUUUUAAAGAUACAAUUGAGAUCUGGAUAUCUUUGAAUAUUCAUUAGAGUUCAUUUUAAUAAUGUAUAAGAUGUAUAAAAAAAAUUAUUUUGCAGUCCUGCAAAGGACAAGUGGUUUGGAGAAUGGAUUGGUUACUGAUGGCAAUUUGAUUAUCAGUACAGAAGAUCUGCUACUAUCAGUUUUUUCUCCUACUCCAUACAGAUCUUAAUCACUGUCAGUGUUCAAGUACCUUAAAGGUGAAGGGUGCCAUUUCUGUAAUUCCAAGAAUAAUGAUUGUUUUAAAUAGGUUCCUAAACAAUCCGACCACCCUUUCUGACCUGCCCCGUCUUUUAUUGCUCAAAAAACAGGCAGCCCCACAGCCAAACACACAGCAUUAGAAACACUACAGAUC